AUGGGAAAAUCCAAGAAGAAAAGUGGAAAUGUAACAAUUUUCAUCUCUUCUUUCAGACAUAUGUAUGACCACUUCACAAACCUCUACCCACAGCUGAUUAAGAAACGUUCCGUGGUGGAUAAAGUACAGGAGUUUUUAACGAAGCAAGACCAGUGGGCCCGGGAUAACAUAAAAAAUUACAAGGAUGACCCAUUUUGGAGACACACAGGCUAUGUUAUGGCACAAAUGGAUGGGCUAUAUGUAGGGGCAAUGAAGAGGGCUAUAGUAGAAGGAACAAAGCCCAUAACGCUGUUCCAGAUUCAGUUCCUGAAUGCUGUUGGAGAUCUGCUGGACCUGAUUCCCUCACUUUCUCUCACAAAAGACUCCGGCCUGGAGGUUUUUAAGAGAUGGGACAUGGGACAUUGCUCUGCGCUUAUUAAGGUUCUUCCUGGAUUUGAGAACAUCUUUUUUGCUCACUCAAGCUGGUACACGUAUGCUGCCAUGCUCAGGAUAUAUAAACACUGGGACUUCAACAUCAUUGAUAAAGACACCAGGAGUAGUCGCCUCUCUUUCAGCAGUUACCCAGGGUUUUUGGAGUCUCUGGACGACUUUUACCUUCUCAGCAGUGGUUUGGUAUUGCUGCAGACCACAAACAGCGUGUAUAAUAAAACCCUACUGCUGCACGUGGUACCCAAGUCUCUCCUGGCCUGGCAGAGAGUCCGGGUGGCCAAUAUGAUGGCAAACGGAGGCAAGCAGUGGGCAGAGGUCUUUUCAAAAUACAACUCUGGCACGUAUAACAAUCAGUACAUGGUCCUGGACCUGAAGAAGGUAAAUCUGAACUACAGCCUUGAUAAAGGCACUCUGUACAUUGUGGAGCAAAUUCCUACAUAUGUAGAAUAUUCUGAACAAACCGAUGUUCUGCGGACAGGAUACUGGCCCUCCUACAACAUUCCUUUCCAUGAAAAAAUCUACAACUGGAGCGGCUAUCCAAUGUUGGUUAAGAAGCUGGGUUUGGACUACUCUUAUGAUCUGGCUUCACGAGCCAAAAUCUUCCGGCGUGACCAAGGGAAAGUGACUGAUAUGGAAUCCAUGAAAUAUAUCAUGCGCUACAACAAUUACAAGAACGAUACUUACAGUAACGGUGAUCCCUGCAAUACCAUCUGCUGCCGUGAGGACCUGAACUCACUUAAUCCAAGUCCUGGAGGUUGCUAUGACACCAAGGUGGCAGAUAUCUACCUGGCGUCCGAGUACACAGCCUAUGCCAUUAGUGGGCCCACAGUACAAGGUGGCCUCCCUGUUUUUCACUGGAGCCGUUUCAACAAAACUCUCCAUGAGGGCAUGCCAGAGGCCUACAACUUUGAUUUUAUUACCAUGAAACCAAUUCUGUAACUUGACAUAAAAUGGAGGGAGAUGAGAUACAAAGGGCACUAUUUUAACUACAGCACUGCAGAAGAAAACAUUACAUAUGAUGAACGCCAACACCGCUUUAGCACGCAGGCUUAUACACAAGGAAGUACGGUAGAAGCUGCUCCCUCGCUCACCAAAAUCCAUUCUCUGCUUUUAAGCCUGGCCCCGCAGACCACACCUCCCUCCCAGGCUGCCUUGGGCAGCUGUGCCACGUGGCAGAGUUCUCGCGAGUGGACUCUUCCCAGGCCUGGCCCCUAA